AUGAAUAACAGAGUUGGACCUGAUGAAUCUGUUGAAGUUAAUUCUAAUACAACACGAUUACGAAGAUUACAUGAACAUUUUCAAAAGCGAAAAUUAAUUUGGAUAAUGUUUUUCAUUAUUUUAUCUGUUGUAAUUAUAACUAUUGCAACAAUUACUGCUACAAUGAACAAAGCAAAGAGGGAAGAAACAACAACAACAACAACAAGUGAGUUGUUGACAACAACAGCAACAACAAGUGAGUUGUUGACAACAACAACAACAAGUGAAUUGUUGUCAACAACAACGACAAGUGCGAAGAUACCCGAAGUUGGUUCAGAACCUUACAGACCGAAAACUUCAUAUGCCAGAAAACAACAGAAAAUGCAGAGAGGUUGUGCUUAA